AUGUUCAUAUUCCUAUACCUACCUUCAGGAAAUGAACAACCGCAUUCAGAAAUGGAAAGAGAUACAUUAACACAAUUUCAAACUCAAUAUAUGAAUUCCCUAAAAACGCUAAAUGAUUCGCAGUAUGAUCUAGGGUAUGGUAAUAUUACUGGUUAUCAAUUAUCAUAUGAUGAUUAUUUACAAGGUAAAUCCGUAAAAGAUUGGCCAAUUCAUAAAUUCAGUAAAGAACAUCCUUGGAAAGAAGAUCAAAGAGAUUCUAUAUUGCCUAAUGUAAUAAGUGAUAAUGUAAAACAAUUUUGGGGAAAUGAUGAAGUUAAAUUGAAUGAAAAUGCAUACUUGUUAAACAUAUCAGGUAGAGCAAAUGGUGAAUUUAUAAUAAUGAAAAAUCAAAAGAUAGAACCUGUAAAUCUAACUAUACCUGAAUAUUUGAGAAAUUAUUAUAAUUCUAGAACAACGAAUGAUGGGAGUGAAUAUGAUGGAAGAUUAUCAACAACACCAGAACAAAAAGAUGAACCACCUAAAAAUGAUUUGGAAGGAUCAUCAGAUAAAAUUGGAAAUAUUACUCAACCAGGUUUAAUAUCAAUUGAAGUUUCCAAUUACCAAUAUAAUUUCAACGAAGUAGAUUUCAAAAUAAUAAAUCAAAAUGAUAAAAUAUCAAAUGCAAUAGUAGUGAAAAUGGAAUUAAAUUUAAAAGAUUAUAAAGAAAUUGAAGAUCAUAGAAUUGGAUUAAGUGGUGUAUAUUUUCAAGAUAUUGGAUCAAUAAUAGCAACAUCAAAUUCUGCUAAAUUUUUAGGAUCAUAUGGAUUAAGUCAUAUGACAAUGGAUAACAAAAAUUUUGAAAUUGCUAAAAAAUUAAUGACUCAAUAUAAUAAUAUGAGAGAUGAUAAAGAUAUUAAUCUUGAUGAUAUGAAUAACUCAAUUUUUAAAUCUAUUGAUCAAUGUGAAAUGAUUAUUUUUAUACAAUUAAACAAGACUGAGUAUAAUCAUGAUGAAUUAAGAUAUAUUGAUACUGAAUUAAAAAACCCUACUGGUAGACCAUUACCUAAAAAAAUUCCAGAUUUAUCAAUAAAAGAAUUUUUAAUUUAUUCACCAGAUUGUGGGAUAAAUUUAAUAAAUAAACCAAAUACAGAAUUUAUAGGUGAAAGAAGUGAAGUUUAUAAAAAUCAAAUUAGAAAAGUUUUAACUGGAUUAUUAGUACUUGUUACUAUACAAUUAUAUUUAAUUUUCAAUCAAGUUAAUGAAGCAAGAACUCCUGGUCAAUUAUCAGUUAUAUCAUGUAAAACAUUAUAUUUCUUUGGUUUUCAAGAUUCCCUUUUAGCAUUAAUUUCAUUAUUAUUAUCUACAGUUGCAACUGAUUUAUAUUUAAUUUUAGCAUGUAUAGCAACAAUUGCAUUUAUAUCAUGUGGUGUUUUUGAAAUUAGAUUUAUGGUUAGUGUAUUAACUACACAAGCUAAUGAAAGAGGUACAACAUGGUGGGAAAUAAUGAGAGGUUCAAGUCAAGAAAAUGUUUUGGAAACUACACCAGAACCAAUUCAAGAAAAUCCAGAAGGACCAAUAUUACCAAUAUCUAAUCCAGCAGCACCACCACAACCAACAGAAACUACUACGAAUGAACCAAUACCCAAUCAAGCAUGGCAAGAAACUUCUUAUAGUAAUUCAAUUUUUGCAUCAGGUUUUACAUUAUCAAUAAUUUCAAUGUUUUUAAUAUUUUCAGCAACUCAAUGGAGAGUUAAAUACAGAAUAAUAUUUGAAUAUAUUUCAUUAAUAAUUAUAAAUUCAUAUUGGAUACCACAAUUUUUAAGAAAUACUUUAAAAAAUAGAAGUAAAUCAUUUACAUGGAAAUUUAUUUUUGGUACAAAUAUUAUUAAAAUUAUUCCCAUAUAUUAUUUUACAUUAUUUAAAUCAAAUCCAGCAAGACAUAGAUAUGAUCCAAUAUUAUGUAUUUUAAUUACUAUAUGGUUAAGUUUACAAAUUUUAUUAUUAGUAUUACAAAAUUAUUUUGGUGCAAGAUUUUGGAUUAAUGAGAAAUGGUUACCAAAAGCUUAUGAUUAUCAACCAAUAUUAACAAUAAGAGAUUUAGAAGAAGGUCAUAUAUCAAGUGAUUUAUUAGCAAGUUUUAAACAAAAAACUUCCACUACAACAAUAGACUCAACAACAUCAUCAACAACUACCCCAUCAUCAACUCCUUCCAAAUCAAAUCAAGAAUUUAUAGAUUGUGAAUGUACUUGUCCAAUAUGUAUGACAGAUGUUACAAUUCCAAUAUUAAUAAAAGAUGAAGAACCAAAACAAAAAGAUAAACCCAACAAUCAUCACAAUCAUAUACAUAAUAAAAUACAUAAAGAUUAUAUGAUAACUCCAUGUCAUCAUAUUUUCCAUAUUGAUUGUCUUGAAAAUUGGAUGAAAUAUAAAUUACAAUGUCCUGUUUGUAGAACAAGUUUACCACCUAUAUAA